GAAGAAGCAUUUCCACCCACGACUUUGACGUGAAGCUUCCGGUAGCAUCAGCGGCUCUUGACCUUCCUGCAGCAGCGAGACGAACUGAGAGAUGGCUGGACGUGUGUUUGCAUCUUGGUGGUCCAAGAUGGGACCUUACUACACAAAGGCAUUCCCAGAGAUGUGGGUCGGCCUGGGCAUCAUGUCGUACCUGUACUACAAAGUCUCCUAUGGAGGCAAGACAGCCGUGAAGGACAAGCCUACCCACUGAGUUCUCCACCGUGCUGAUGACCCCCCCACCCGCUGUUAAAUAAAGUCGCCUGUCAUGAAUUUGUUAAUAUGGAAGAAAUAAAGUUCUUAUCCGACA